AUGCCUGCCAAAAACUACCUACCUACAUCUGGCAUUGCUUGUGCUGUUGGGCAUUGUAAAUUAGCCUGGAAUUCCAAGUCUUGCUUCCUUUGCGUGUUUAACAAACCUGUAAUGUUUUUCCUCUGCAGUGUUCUAAUAUGUUAAAAGGACACUUCAGGCAUUUUAGAUGUGUAAUGGACGUUAUCUAGAGUGGGUCAUCUUGACCUAUUACAGGACACCAGAUGUAUGUUUUUUUUAUUUUGCAACAUUAAAUACAUCUCUGGUCCAUCCACACCCGUCACACUUGACUGCAAUGAUUCAGUUAUGCUUUUGUGUUUACUGCUGGAUGUAACAUGAUUUGCAUCCAGCACUAUCGUCCAAACAAAUCAAGAGACUUUUCUCCCAUAGCGAAUAAUGGGAGGGUAAGGAUUUACUGAUGAAGUAGCAGAUUACUAGAACUUUGCUAUGAAUAAGGCAUGCUCAAAAAGGGGUUAGUAAAAUAAAACAAAGCAAAUUGGUGGCAGCCUGGAGUAUUUUUAGUUGAAUUGUGUAGAACAAGCUUUUAAAUGUUAAAGGAACACUGAAAGCACUGUGAAUUUUUCCAGGAUUGCUUUUUGCUAGAGUUUUACAAUCUGGAUUUUAAUGUGGUACAUUUUGUAGUUUAGUGAAUAGAGCACCCAUUUUGUGUGGUUAAACACCAUAACCACUAGAACCAACUGUAGUGGUCCGAGAGCUAGGGGUGCCCUCCGAGAAUGUCAAACUGUUUCAGAUCUUUAGUGGGAAUGGUGCUUGGAGUUUUCCUUUAAAAUUUGUAUUGGAGUUGAAGUGUGUUGUUUUUUUUCAUUCCUAAUAUGGUCUUACUUAAAGGACCACUAUAGGCACCCAGACCACUUCAGCUUAAUGAAGUGGUCUGGGUGCCAGGUCCAGCUAGGAUUAACCCUUUUUUCUGUAAACAUAGCAGUUUACAAAUGGGUUAAUCCAGCCUCUAGUGGCUCUCAUUGACAGCCGCUAGAGGGCUUCCGCACUUCUCACGGUGAUUUUCACAGUGAGAAGACGCCAGCGUCCAUAGGAAAGCAUUGUGAAUGCUUUCCUAGGGACUGGCUGCGCGUGCGGCUCUUGCCGCGCAUGCGCAUUUAGCCGGUGACUUAAGAAGAGGGAGGAGGAGGAGAGUCCCCCGCCCGGCGCUGUAGAAAGAGGUAAAUUUAACCACUUCCUCUCCAUCCAGCCCGGCGGGAGGGGGACCCUGAGGGUGGGGGCACCCUCAGGGCACUAUAGUGGUCAUUUAAAGCCGUAUCUAACAAAAUGUGUAAACAGUACAAUAACUCAUCCGACCAUUGACAACCCAGUGAUAACCAUAUCAUAUUGCUUCUUUGUUUUGUGUUAGGUGAUGAAAAUGGAAAUAUUUUCAGUGUUAACCUGAAAAGCCCCGAUUCUGCCCAGACCCUGGCUGUUCAUUCCCAAGCCAUCACAGCACUAGAGUACUCAAAGCACAGGUACAAAUUAUUAUACAUAUUCUGCUGGCUAUUGCAUCAUGUUAACGCUCUUAUUAAUUAAUUUUAUUUUAUUUUUUAAUUCCAUGGGGUUCCAAUUAUACAGGCGAUUAAGCAAUUUUGAAGGGGCUUGCAUGGCUGUGGUUCUUACUUUUAAAGCAUGAUUGAGAUAAUGCCAGGGAAAAGUGGGAAAACAAAUUGUCUUUAUUUUCAAUUUAUAUUUUAUAAAUGUCCGAACACAAUGAUCCCAAUACAAGGUGUAUAAAUGUAAUGUAUUUAUAUCAACCCACGGUGCGUGGAAAUAAAAUAUAUAGUUGGCAUAAAAAAAUAAGCAACAUAUGAUAUACAUUGAUAUCAAAUAAAAUUCCAUAGCACAGUUGAAUAAUCGAAUCAGACAUAAAAUUACAUUUGGUAAUGGGGAAAAAAGAGACACUGCUUAAGUGAUGAGUGUGAAGGGGAGGACACAAGUUAUGAGAUUUUAAAUAAGUUUAAUGUGGAAGUCUACGAUGAAGAUUGAGAGGAGGAAAAGCAGUGUCUGAGAUCUCAGCCAGUGCUGGUCCAUUAACUGAUUUAAUUUGAGGAACUAUGUCUCAUUCAUGAUGCUGAGCAGCUGGAGGUUAUAGGAUACAUACAACAACUGUAAUAAGGGCAGAUAUUCUCCUGCUGGUGUCUUGUAUUGUGAUAAACACUUUGAUAGCGAUGGCUAAUGGAGGAUUGCUUUUAAGCAAGCGUUUCUCAUUCAGUUGUUUCCUAUUUUGUGAAUGCGAAGCUUCCGGCAGCUUAGCUGCCGCUAAUUGCCUCAUGUAAAACAUAUGGGUGGAAUGUAAUUAAAAUAUAUAUAUAUAUUUUUUUUUUUUAAACUGCGCACAAAAUGUCUAGAGAAACUGUCAUCUUACAUCUAGAUUGUCUUCCUUCCUAUUCAAUGUGUGGACCAAAGAGGUGAUUUUACCAUGAUUUAUUUUAAAUGUAUGCUUUCUCCUUUAGUGAAUGGAGUGUCCCUUUAAUAAGAGGCAGGGAUGGGGAGGUAUAGGUGUAGCAUAAAUAUAAAAUCAGUAUAUAAGUCAUUAUUUUCAUCACUAUUAAGCUGCACUUAAUAAUAGAGCUGGACUUGCCUAUUUUGCUUACAAAGUUGCAUGUGAGUGCGUACAAGCCUGAACAAGGAAUUGUUCAAUGUCACCUUAUGUGCAUGCAUGCUCCCCUGUCACAUUAGAGGCGUCAAAUUAUUAUACUAUAUGACUAAACUGCCCUGAUAGCUGGUUACAGUGUAAAUUUAAUAUAAAUAAAUUGAUCUUGGUUAUUUUGUUGUGGAAACACCUUAAAUGGUACAGUUCCUCUAAUUAAAUUAUUGUGGUUAUGCAAUAAAAAAUUUUUUCAAAAUUUGAAUAACCUGUGCUUUUCACUUAUACACACCCUCAACAGUUUAUCUUUGUGCGGCUGUGCCAUAGAUGCAUGGAAUUGCCUUCCAGCUGAAGUGGUAGAGGUUAACACAGUGAAGGGGUUUUAGCAUGCGUGGGAAAGGCAUAAGGCUAUCCUAGCUAUAAGAUAAGGCCAGGGUCUAAUGAAAGUAUUUAUUUAGAAAAUUGGGCAAACUAGAUGGGUCAAAUGUUUUUAUGUGCCGCCACAUUCUGUUUCUAUGCUAAGUCUUAAGCUACUGUGAGCAGCCUCUGAAGGAAGCUUGCCAGUCUGCAGACUUUAGCUCCUACCAUUUAUCAGUCCAAUAUAGCUGUUUUCUAUGGCUGAUGUGCUAUCGUGUUCUGGCACACUACAGACAGGAUCCCAUUUUCCUCAAUUUCACAAAAGUCGAUAUCUGUCAAAGCAGUAAUAACUUAUGGAGUUACUAAACUAUUUGUAUCAGAUCACAGUAUUUUUUGGAGCGCUGUUUGCGUUAUUACGGUGUCAGUUUACUCUUCGGAGUACGUCUCCUCUGACACAUAAUCCAUAAAGCUGAAUUUGUGCAAGUACUUAAGCAGAAUUCCUAGUUACAGUAGUAGCAAACUUUACAGAAUAAAUAUCUGCUGACCUAUGUGUGCAUCAAGACUCUAUCCUUGUACCUGCUGUAGACCAUUUUUGUUAUUUUUAAAUUCAUUGAAACUAAACUUAUUUUCUUCUUUCUUCAGCACUCCUUUAUUGGCCUCUGUGAGCGAAGAUUGUUCGGUGGUGGUACUUGACUCCAGUUUUACAGAAAUGUAAGAUGCAACACUUAAGCACCCUUACUACAGAUUCCAUUAAGCGAGGCAAUAACUUAUCAAUUCAUAGUUUUGCACACAUCAUAGUGAUGUGUACUACUUCAGCAAACCUGUAAAGUUAAUGUCUAUUUAAUAAGUUUUGUUUUGUUUUUUUCCUUCCUAUAGCUUCAGGGACCAAUCUCACAGAGAUUUUGUGACUGGUGUGGCAUGGUCACCCCUCGAUCAAUCAAGCUUCACUACUGUUGGCUGGGACCACAAAGUGCUUCACCACAGACUCCCCAAAGAGACAAGUCCCAAGUCCCCUACCGAAAAGGAGGAGCAAGAUUAA